AUGGCUCAGCCAGAGGUCACACAGCAGACUGACAGUUCAAAGGCACAUUGGCAGGAUGCGGAGGUGGAAGUCCUGCUUCACCACCUGAUUGAGAAUCGGGCAUCAGGUGGUGAUGGCGGAAAUGUCUCAAUGCCUACCUACAACAGUGCAGCAGCUGCUAUCAACACCGAUGGUACGAUUCAGACAAUAGGCCCACCGAAGACGGGCAAGAUGGUCAAGACGAAGUGGACCUCGCUCAAAAAAACAUUCAAUCAAAUUGAGGUGUACCGCAACGUGUCUGGCUUCCAUUGGGACAAUGUGCGGGGAGCUGGAAUUGAGGGCACUGCUGCUGCGAGCGUUUGGGAUACAUAUGUUGCAGCAAAGUCACGAAUCGCAAUGCGCCCCUUGCGCAACAAAGGGUGGCCCCCAUACGACGACAUGCAGGCCAUCUUAGGCGAGAACAGUGGUGCUCGUGGAAGGCAUGCAUUCCACCCCGCUACUACAGCCCCCGCCUCCAUCAGUAUCGAUGAUGUGCUCGAUGACGCUGACGGGGGCCUCAACCUUCUUGACAUGGAUGUGGACCCCAGUGUGCCAGACAUGAGCGCUGACCUGAUGAUGCCACUCAGCAUCAGAGCCUCCGCUACUACUGGCUCCCAGUCCAGUAAACGCCUGCGCACCAACACUCUACUCGACUCCGUGGAGACAUCGUCUCUCCCUUCCAGUGGCGUCCCCAUAUCUACCCAUCCCGCUACUCCCCAGUCGUCAACUCUCCCGCUUUCAACGACAUUGGUGCCCUCCACUCAGGUCUUCAAGAAGGCUCGAGUGUCGGCACAUGGCAGCACACAUAUGGGGACGAGCAGUGCUGCCAGAGUCGCUGCGAAGAUAACUCCAGCAGCUGCCGUCAUGAACAUGCAAGGUAGUAUCAAUCGCCUCACUGACGCUAUUGAAAAGAGCUUGGCCCAUCCGCUUGAAAUGGUGCCACCACCACCACCUCCUCCUCCUCCUCCUCCUGCUCCACCCACCAUGAUCUCCCGCGGUCUCGCAAUCAUGCGCAGCACAGAUGCGGAUCUGGGAGUUGAACAGAGAGCCACCCUCCUGCGGAUAUUUACCCGUGCAGGAGGGGAGAACAAUCUUGCCGCUUAUGUCGAGCUGGAGGAUGACUUUGAGAUGCGCCGCGCGUUUAUCUCUGGGCUCCUCGUGUCUACAUAG